AUGAGGGGGAAUUACUUGGUCUGCUGUUAUAAAUACCUGAAAACCCUACUGCCACACUCGCCCCAUCCUCGCCCUACGCUUUCCUCUCGACUGACGGCUAGGGUUUUAGCUCUCUGCGAAGCGAAUUCUUCUCAUCAGGGUUUCGUCAUCAUGGGUAAGGAAAAGGUUCAUAUCAAUAUCGUGGUCAUUGGACAUGUCGACUCCGGCAAGUCCACCACCACGGGUCACUUGAUCUACAAGCUUGGAGGCAUCGACAAGCGUGUGAUUGAGAGGUUCGAGAAGGAAGCUGCUGAGAUGAACAAGAGGUCAUUCAAGUACGCCUGGGUGCUCGACAAGCUGAAGGCUGAGCGUGAGCGUGGUAUCACAAUUGAUAUCGCUCUCUGGAAGUUCGAGACCACCAAGUACUACUGCACGGUCAUUGAUGCCCCCGGGCAUCGUGAUUUCAUCAAGAACAUGAUUACUGGUACCUCCCAGGCUGAUUGUGCUGUCCUCAUCAUCGAUUCCACCACUGGUGGUUUUGAGGCUGGUAUCUCCAAGGAUGGACAGACCCGUGAGCAUGCUCUCCUUGCUUUCACCCUUGGUGUCAAGCAGAUGAUUUGCUGCUGCAACAAGAUGGAUGCCACUACCCCCAAGUACUCGAAGGCAAGGUACGAUGAAAUCGUGAAGGAAGUUUCAUCCUACUUGAAGAAGGUUGGUUACAACCCAGACAAGGUUCCCUUCGUUCCCAUCUCUGGGUUUGAAGGUGACAACAUGAUUGAGAGGUCAACCAACCUCGACUGGUACAAGGGUCCAACCCUUCUUGAUGCUCUUGACAACAUCAACGAGCCCAAGAGGCCAUCAGACAAGCCACUCCGUCUCCCACUUCAGGACGUGUACAAGAUCGGAGGUAUUGGAACUGUGCCAGUGGGCAGGGUUGAAACCGGUGUCAUCAAGCCUGGUAUGGUUGUCACCUUCGGCCCUACUGGGUUGACAACUGAGGUCAAGUCUGUGGAGAUGCACCACGAAGCUCUCCAGGAGGCUCUCCCUGGUGACAAUGUCGGGUUCAACGUCAAGAAUGUUGCUGUCAAGGAUCUCAAGCGUGGGUUUGUUGCCUCUAACUCCAAGGACGACCCUGCCAAGGAGGCUGCCAACUUCACCUCCCAGGUCAUCAUCAUGAACCAUCCCGGCCAGAUCGGAAACGGCUAUGCCCCAGUGCUGGAUUGCCACACUUCCCACAUCGCUGUUAAGUUCUCUGAGAUCAUGACCAAGAUUGACAGGCGAUCUGGUAAGGAACUUGAGAAGGAGCCCAAGUUUUUGAAGAACGGAGAUGCCGGGUUCGUUAAGAUGAUUCCAACCAAGCCCAUGGUGGUUGAGACCUUCUCUGAGUACCCACCCCUGGGUAGGUUUGCCGUCCGUGACAUGAGGCAGACUGUUGCUGUUGGUGUGAUCAAGGCCGUGGAGAAGAAGGAUCCCACCGGUGCCAAGGUCACCAAGGCUGCUGCCAAGAAGAAAUGAACCGUGCAGGUCGACUGCAGGGAAUGGAGCUUGGUCACUACAAGCCGGCGUGUUGCUGGAGGAGUUUCUGUUUCGUUUGAGAAUUACAAUGUCAGGUCAUCACCAUCGUCCCUUGGAUGCAAUUCACAGAAUUGGGUCCUUGAUAGGCGGUGGUGGAGUUAUGGUGCUACUGUUUCGAGUUUCUGAGUCUUUUUGUGGUCGUUUCUAUGUCGAGUCUAAACAUUUUUAAAGUUUGUGUUGUUGCUACUGUUGGUAUUUGCCCAAGGAUUUUGCUCUGGAGUAUUGAGUUCUCGAGCUUCUUUUGCUUCCAGGAAUGGAUGUCUCUUAUAAUUACAUACUAGUUAUAUGUUCGUGGUAUUGUUCCGUAUAAUGCCUGUUGCAAUGUUUUUUGAUUGAUCAGUUGAUUAUGCUAUGAGAAUGGAUGUUAUGGAAACUUGGAAGAAAA